CACCGCAGGUUCACCAAUGCUGAGGGAUCCAGUUUCAUGUACAGGAGCAGAACGCACGAACACCAAGCGGAUUUUAAGACCAUUAACGGAGGAUAAAUGAAAUCUACCGAUAGAUACGAACCUGUAUGUGUCUGUAUUUAGAUAAUGUUUUGUGUGAAUUGGAUAAGUUUACAGUGCAGCGCAGGCUUAAUGCGUCAAACUGCCAAGCAGCUCGCGGAAGCCUGCGGUCACGUGAUCUGUCAAAGACGCAUCUCUUAUCACAGGAACAAUUUAGCUUUAGUUUACAUAUAUUUUAAUGGUACUGAAACUGUUUUUUAAAAAGCUAACUUAUCUACUUAAUGCACAAGUGGACUUGUGUGCGAAUGAGCACUUCGAGUGCACAACCUGUACCGAGCAACUAAAUAUCACAAUUUCUUCCCUUUUUCAUGCCAACAACCGGAUACUCAUGUCGCUCGACUCUUUGCACUGCGAGAAGGGAUGGAUGUGUAUGCUGGAUGAAGAUGAAGAGUGGAGGAAGUACUGGUUUGUCGUCACUGAUUCAGAACUGAGAUACUAUAGAGACGCUGAGGCUCUGAAGAGAGAUGAGGCAGACGGUGAGAUUUAUUUACAUCACUGUCUGAGUGUGGAGGAAUUUGAUGCGGACAAAGACUAUGGGCUUCAAUUACAUAUGCAUGACGGGCUGGUGACCCUUUCAGCCACGACCUCCAGGAUCAGGAGGAACUGGAUCAACAUACUGAGGAGCAGAAUUUCCUUCAGGGGUUCAGUAGAAAGCAUCCUUGACAACAGUGACAUCAGUGAUAACUCGGGUUCCCUGAACGCACCCCGCCGCACCAUUCCCUCGCCCCGACAUCAACACGACCUCGCCGGUGGACCAGACAUGAUGUCUUCGCCUUUAACCAAUCGAAGAGAGGCCGGCGAGGGACGUGACAAGGAGCAUGAAAGGCGCCUGGAGGACCGAACCAAGUGGUUUCAGAAGGGUGUGUCGGACGUGGACGGUGAUGACCCAUGGGAGAAGGUCGAGCUUAAGAAGGGUGAAGUGACUCCAGCGGUUCAAAUCCAGCCGCAGGUUCCGAAUGCUCAGACAGGGGUGGACAUUGAGAGAAAGUGGGAGGAUUUCGAGCAGCUUCCGUAUGGAGAAUUGAAACAGUUGUCACCAAACGGUUCCUGCAGUAAAGAAGCGUCAAAUGAGGAUCUUCAGCGAGAGGUUGUGUCUCUGCGGCAACAUAUCAACGCUCUCCGUCAGGGUCGCAUGGCGGCAGUCGCCGCAGGUGUCUGCGGUCCUGAUGCUCCAUGUGCUCUUAAACUGGAACAGGUGGAGCGGGAGCACAAAGAGAGACUGCAGGAGAUACUCAAGGAGCACGAGAGAGAGCGCAGGGAGAUGGAGAGAGAGAAACAGAGAAUCCUACAAGAGGAGGCGCACAAUACGGUUCAAGCUAUGGAGGCGUUGAGGAAAGCUCAUCAAGACGAGAUCGAGAAACUUAAGCGACACGGCGGCGAAGAGCCAACAGACCCGUCAAUAAGAAAACAGCUGCAUGAGUCAAUCUCUCUUCAGCGUGAGGUAAGCGGCCUAUCCGAGCGUUACUCGCAGCAGUGUGUGGAGCUGAAGCGCGGCGCUGACGAAAGAGACGGAGAGAUCCGUCGGAAGGAAAGAGAGAUGGAGCAGCUCCGCAAAGAGAAUCAGGAACUGCAAGCACGUCUGACAGAAGAGAUAAGUCUCAUGCGAUCCUUCAUCACAGGUCAGAGGUCAGGAGUUGUUCCCCUUGGAAGCUACGAAAAGAGCACCUCUGAGUUAGAGAUGUUACUGAAAGUGAAGGAGAGUGAGGUGGAGUAUCUCCACAAUGAGAUCGGCUGUCUCAGGAAAGAAGUUCAGGUUCUAAUAAAGGAAAAUAAAGCCUUGAGUGAGCGCUACAAGGAAGUGCACGUUGAAUUGAGUGAAUUGAAAGGCCACAGUGAAAGAGAGAUCAAUGCUCUCAAAGAACAUCUCAAACUCACCAGCACUACUCUGGAGGAGGAUGGUCUCCUGGGCAACAGCACCAACCAAUGAGGCAACUAAUUAGGAAGUUGUUAGGAUGGUGGUUUGUACAUGUACAAACAGAAUUUUACAUUGAAAGAGACAGACCUGUCAUUGAUUCAACUUUAAAAAGCUUAUUUCCGGAAAAAAAAACAGUUGUGGUGCUAGAAAUGUAACUCUGCAAGUCAAGUUUAACCUUAUAAGAACUGAUAUUUAAGUUACAAAAUAUUGGUUGUUGUAUAAUAGUUAUGGUUUAUGAAAAUAUUUUAUACAUCAAGUGAGUUGAUAUGCGAAAUACGUGUGAAAAUGUACCAAAUUUGAAUGUCAUGUAAUUACAAAACACAC